AUGUCCGACUUGAGUGAUUAUAAACCAUUUGAGGAUUCGGGCUCUGAAUAUAUGUCUAGCGGAUCUGAUUCGGAUAACGAAAGCGAUGACAGUUUAUCGAGUAUUUCAGAUAAAGAAGAUCAAGCAGCUACAAGCAUAGGCGACUUUAUUGUUGUAGCAGAUCCAUUUUCGGAUAAAAGAGCUACACCAACAGUGCCGUUUUCCAGUCUUUAUGAAGGCUUUCACCCCGCUAUCGAACUCGAGGAGAUGAAUGACCCAGUAAAUUGUUUUGGGGCAUUUCUGUCUAGAAACAUAAUUCAGAUUUUAUGUAAUUGGACGAAUGAACGUGCGGGAAAAUUGCUCAUAGAGAAUGCUAGUCAAAAAGUCUACGAUUUAGUUUAG